AAGAUAUGUUGAAUCAACGAUCUAAUGCAAUAUAUGGACAGUUAUUAACUAUCCCAAAACAAAGACAAAUUUUGUUCAAUGCUCUAAAGCGACCAUUCCUUCCUCGUAUUGAAGAAACCAAUGUAGUAGAUAAUAAUGCCAGACCCAACCAAAAGAUGACU